CAGCAUUAAACAAAAGGGCAAUAUUGGAAAUGAAAAAACUGCCUUAAACUGUUAUUAAGCGUCAGAAAUUUCACCCAGGCUUCCUAUUCUUCAUAUUCGCCACAUCACCGAUUUCUAUCAUAUCACAUCAUCAAUCAAAGAUAGAUCAAGAACCUCGUUUUGGUUUUGUUCCUGUGAAAGUUUUGGAUCUUUGCAAACAAAGGGAAAAAAAAUGCUAGCAGUUUUUGACAAGUCGGUUGCCAAGAGCCCAGAUGCUCUUAACGCUCCUGAUCACUCUGAGGCAGUUUCUGCUCUCAAAAAUGGCUUCUUGGCUAACCACUUUGCCUCUGUUCAUCCUGGUUCUGUCAUCAUCAAUCUUGGCUCUUCUGGUGUCAUGGCUUACUCUCUUGAAAAGCAGAACCCACUUCUACCUAGGCUGUUUGCAGUUGUGGAUGACAUUUUCUGCUUGUUUCAAGGCCACAUAGGGAAUGUUGCUCUUCUUAAGCAACAAUAUGGUUUGAGCAAAACAGCAAAUGAGGGAAUCAUUGUUAUUGAAGCAUACAGAACGCUCAGAGAUAGAGGUCCUUACCCUCCUGACCAGGUUGUAAGAGAUAUCCAGGGAAAGUUUGCUUUCAUUCUCUACGAUAGCUCUUCAAAAGCCACAUUUAUAGCUUCUGAUGCUGAUGGAAGUGUACCUUUCUUCUGGGGAACUGAUGCUGAAGGCCAUCUUGUUCUUGCAGAUGAUGGGGAGACUGUCAAGAAGGGCUGUGGGAAGUCUUUUGCUCCAUUCCCAAAAGGGUGCUUCUUCACAUCCUCUGGAGGGUUAAGGAGCUUCGAGCACCCCCUUAAUGAGUUGAAGCCUGUGCCAAGGGUGGACAGUUCGGGUCAUGUUUGUGGUGCAACUUUCAGUGUGGAUGCAGAGGCAAAGAAGGAAUCUACUGGAAUGAAAAAAGUUGGAAGUGCUGCAAACUGGUCUGCGCACUACUAAGCUUAGAAAUGCUCCUAUUCACCAAGUCUUUUGGUAUUAGUCAGCCUCCCGGUUUUAUCCAUUUUUCUUAGUUUUCAAUUCCUAAUGACUUGGCUGAAUUAGUUGGGCAUUCAAGCUCUAGAAUUGCUGUCCCUGUUUACAAACUAAGACAGGCAUUUUAUGAAGCUGUGCAUGUUUGCUUACCAUCAAAACUGAGCUUGACAUGGUACAUAACAUGGAAAUAUUUCUUGUCA